UACUGUUAUUUCCUUCCACUGCACCUAUUUCCACACCGUCCGCACUGGAUAGGCUGCUAAACGCUUACCCGUUACUUAACUUCCACCAAAACCAAUCCCAGGGAGCGGUGGCGCACGAAACGAUUGCCCAUUUCGCUCGUGUUUUUAUUGCACCCAACAACAAGAAAAAAACAAACGAAACGUUUACGACCCACUCACAUUAGCAUAGCGCGUCAGAUCGCGUGACUUUUGCCGUACAUCAGCGGUGCCGCGCUUGCGGGGGAAGCAACAAAAAAAGGUAUGAAACAAAACGCCUAAAUGUAGGCUAGAGUGCACGUGGUCACCAUUGCAUGCUCAAGGACGUAUGUCUGUUUGGUGUGUGGGCCUCGCUGCUCUCCCUCUCUCUCUCUCUCUCUCUCUCUCUGAACCCCCUAUUUCGGACCCACAGCAUGGCUUCAAUAAAUUUCACUUCGACAACGUUUCCAAUAUCGCACACCUAUACCAACUAUCAGCCACGGGACCGUGCGGACACCGCCGCAGUCGACUGCGGGACACCGGGUCCGCGUUACACGCGCUGGCAGCAGUUCCGGACCUCUCGCCAUUCUCAAACUGUCCACGGACAACCGCGCAAGCUGACGCCGGACGGGCGGACGGACCUGUUGGAUGCGCUGGCACGGUUCUCCUACUUCGACCGGUGGUCGGACGAGCAGCGGCGGGACUGCUGCCACCGGGCCCAGAUCCGCCAGUUCGAGCCGGACCAGACGGUGUUCGUGGAGGGGCAGGCCCCCGUCAACUACGCGCACUUCAUGCUGAGCGGCGAGUGCGGCCUGCUGCAGUGCCUGAAGCUGCACCGGUGGCGGGACAGCCGGACGGCGACGGUACGCUACCGACUGUCACGCGCGCAGCCGACCGAGGACGAGAUUACCCGGUUUCAUCGGCGCCGGGCGCAGCGGGAGGACGCACUGCACACGGUGGAGCCUUUGCCGACGGUCGGACCGAGCAGACCGCCACCGCCGACUGGCCGGGACCGGAUCGAGUACCAUUUCGUCGACAUUGCGACGUACAGCCGCGGUUCCGUGUUCGCCAUCGGCGAGCACAUGGUCGACCGGGCGGUGUACGCUCGCACGCCCGUCCAGUGUCUGCUGAUACCGCGCUACUGGCUGCUGGAGAAGCCGCAGAACCGGGGCAACAUCUGGAACCGCGUACGGUGUUUUCUCGAGCAGCGGCAACCGUCCCGCGAUCGGCUGUUUCGCUGGUUCCUCACCGAGCUACUGUGGCACCGGUACCGCCGCCAGCUAGUGGACGAUUUCCGGCUGGUGCAUGCGCCGCGCCAUCUGCCCCGCCCGAGCGACGUGCCGCUCGUGUGCCGCAUCGAGGAGUGUGAUGUGCAGCGGCACGACCACGACUGAGA